CAUCGUCACAAUGCCUGCUCCAAUGGUGGCUAUAUUAAAAUUAUUGUUUUUGUGUGCUUUGGCACACACUGCUGGAUGUUUGGCCUUACCAGCCAAGGGUAUAGUUGAAUCGUUUGAAACAACAACCGAUCCACCAACCACGAAAUCGGAAUAUGUUAUUGUACGCGGCGAGGAUUCAUCAGUGGAAAAUCCCCACUUUAAAUUGGCCGCAUCGGUGUUAUUGAAAAAUUUAAAGGAUGUAGCUGAAGUUGCAAUUCAUCCAUCCUCCGAUGAUGAAGAAACCAUGGAAGAGUGUAGUAAUCCUUCACAUAAGGCCACAUUUUCACCAUAUGAUUACACGGUACUCUUAGGAAUGUUGGUCAUCUCAUUGGGUAUUGGCAUCUUUUAUGGAUUUUUCCAAAAAUCUGGUAGCUCCUCAAAUGAAUUUUUACUUGGUUCGGAAAUGUCCAUAUUUCCGGUUACACUAAGUUUGACAACAAGUUUUAUCACCGCCAUUGAAUUGUUGGGUAAUCCAUCGGAAAUGUAUUUCCAGGGAACACAAUUUGUAUUGAUUGUUAUUCCCAUGAUAUUUGUGGUACCAGUUGCUGUUAAAAUUUUCUAUCCGAUUUAUUUCAAAAUGGAACUGACCAGUUGUUAUGAAUAUUUGGGUAUACGUUUUGGCAAGGAAAUUCGUGUGUUGGGCGCCGUUUUGUAUGUGCUGCAGAUGUGCUUCUAUACAGCAGUUGCGGUUCUUGCUCCGGCCAUUGCCCUCUCAAAGGCCACCGGUUUGGAUACCAAAAUCGCCGUAGUCCUCAUCUAUGUUGUGUGUGUUUUCUAUUCAUCGCAGGGCGGUAUGAAGGCUGUAGUUAUUGCUGAUUCAUUCCAGGCUGCAGUAUUGGCUCUUUCGUUGGUGUUAGUGGUUGCCUUAGGUAGUUUUUACAGUGGAACUCCAGUAGAAAUUUUCAAGACGGCAGCUGACAAAGAUCGUUUGGAAUUUUUCAAUUUCAAUAUGGAUCCAACAACCCGUCACACCGUAUGGUCUGUGGUUAUUGGCGGCUUCUUCUAUUGGACUUCGCUGUUUUGCACCAAUCAGGCAUCGGUGCAGAAAUGCAUGUCAUUGAAAUCUUUGAAAUUGGCUCGCAUUGCAUUGGGUUUUGCAAUUUUGGGUUUAGUUGUUGUAUUCUUGCUGAAUUUCUAUACGGGCCUAAUGGUUUUCAAUCAUUAUGCCGAUUGUGAUCCAUUGACGGCCGGACGUAUUACAGCUGCAGAUCAAUUGUUGCCUUUCUAUAUUAUUAGUACCUAUGAACAUGUUUACACGAUGGCUGGUAUAUUUGUGGCUGGAAUUUUUGCAGCAAGUUUGGGAACUGUUGCUUCUGCCUUGAAUUCGUUGUCAGCUGUGACAUGUGAAGAUUUGCUGGUAAAUGGCAUGAAUAUUAAAAUCUCCCCCGAUAAGGGAGCCUUAUAUGCCAAAUGGAUGUCCUUGGGCUUUGGUAUUCUGUCCUUUGGUCUGGUAUUUAUUGUGGAACGUUUGGGUGGUGUACUGCAAGCCACCUUGACUUUAAAUGGUCUGAUUGGUGGUGUUACCUUGGGUCUGUUUGUUCUGGGCAUUGCCUUCAAGAGUGCCAAUACCAAGGGUGCCUUCUAUGGUGGCAUCGUCUCAUUGGUUAUUGUCAUUUUUAUUGGUGUGGUGGCUCAAAUUUCCAAUGUCGAUCCUGAGGAUCUGCCAUUGUCUGUGGAGAAUUGUGAUUGUUUGGUGAAUGCAACACAGACAUUGAUUUCCUCAGCUGCGGUGCGCAGGGAGGCUGUGGAAAUUGCAGAGACUGGAUUUACAGACUGGCCCAUAUUUAAACUCAGCUAUAUGUGGUAUUCCAUGAUAGGCUGUCUACUGACACUGGCCUUGGGACUUCUGAUAUCGUCCAUUGUGAAUUGUGUACAAAAGCGUCGCGUAUUGAAAAUCAACUCAGCCCAGAAUACAUGCCAUAUGAAAAGGAGUUACGGAAGUAGCGAUUUACCAAGAGAUACCAAAACCGUGCCAGCCUUAGUCGUCCCUACACAAAAACCACAAAAUCCUGAAUUGGUCCAAGCCAUCGCUGUAGAGGCUAGUGGUGGUCAUGUAAACCAUGCCAUACGUUUGGAUGAUGAAUAA